CGCUAGGGGGAGCUCCUCAGUUGAUUUGACCGCUGCCGGAUGUUGUGAGAGAACGGGGACGCUGCACCGACGCGAUGUCACCGUCCAACAUUCACGCCACAGUUUGCGCUGCUUCGAAGUAGCUGUCACUCCAAAAGCAGGUGGGAGCACCGCUCACUGGUUCCAUGGCCGUCGGCUGAUGGGCGGAGCGAUGCGGCACCACUGGCUGCUCCUCGGGGCUUGCGGCUGGGUGCUGCUCAUCCUCAUGUUUGUCAGCAAGUUCAUCAGCUUCAGGGCCAUAGAUGACUAUGGAGAGAGGCUUGGUGGUCAGAGUUGGACGGUGCCAGGAACCAAGCUGGUUAAACCCAACCCUGCGUCUGUUCUAGAAAAGCCAAAGCCAUCUGAUCAGCCGUCAGCUGGACCCACGGCGGCGGCGGACUGGCAGUCAGUUGCAGAGAGACGGGUGGAGUCGCUGUCCGCUGUGUGCAAGAACGGCAGCCUCAGGAAUCUGACCCACGUCUCCAUCAGCAAGUUCGUCCUGGACCGCAUCUUCGUGUGCGACAAGCAGAAGAUCUUGUUCUGCCAGACGCCUAAAGUGGGCAACACACAGUGGAAGAAGGUCCUCAUUGUGCUCAAUGGAGGCUCCCCCUCGGUGGAGGAGAUCCCAGAAAACCUCGUUCAUGACCAUGAGAAGAAUGGCCUGCCCCGACUCUCAUCUCUGAAGCCGCAGGAAAUCACUCACAGAUUAAGCACCUACUUUAAGUUUCUCAUCGUGAGGGAUCCGUUUGAGCGCCUCAUUUCUGCCUUCAAGGACAAGUUUGUGAAGAACCCUCGCUUUGAGCCUUGGUACAAGCACGACAUCGCUCCAGCCAUCAUCCGUAAGUACAGAAAGAGCCACCGUGACAGUGACCAAGCCGCCUCUGGCCUUCACUUUGAGGACUUUGUGCGUUACUUGGGCGACGUGGAAGGCCGCCAGCGCAUGGACCGGCAGUUUGGCGAGCACAUUAUUCACUGGGUGACUUACGCGGACUUGUGCGCGCCUUGUGAAAUACACUACAGCGUGGUGGGUCACCAUGAGACGCUGGAGGAGGACGCCCCGUACAUCCUCAGAGCGGCCGGCAUCGACCAGCUUGUGUCCUACCCGGCCAUUCCUCCAGGCAUCACCCGCUACAACAGGACCAAGGUGGAGCAGUACUUCUCAGGCAUCAGCAAGCGGGACAUCAGACGUCUUUACGCACGCUACCAGGGUGACUUCCACCUCUUUGGUUACCCCAGUCCAGACUUUUUACUGAACUAAAAUCAUUAACACUGAAUAAAAUACAUGUUUUCACAUAAUCUCAAAGAGGUGUAUCGUAGCGGACUGUGUGCCUCAGCACGGGCAGAUUGAGAGGCAGGGAUGCACAUGAUUGCACACUGUUAUGUCUUUGUUCUUAUUUUAGCAACUGUCGUUAAAAGUACUGACGAAGUGUUGCCCUUUUGGCCUCAAAUUGCUGUUCCUAUAUUUAAAAAGUGUUUUUUAAUGGCGAGAGAAGCCGUCACUGAUACGCAGAUUUAGUUCUGCUAAAGGUCGCAGAAUGUUUGAUUUUUGUUUCGGAAAAGGAUUUCCCAUCUUUUAUUUAACGCUAAUGACUGAAUAAUCCUCGUAUUUCAAAGACAUGUACUCGGUAAUACCAGGGAUACAGGCCCGUCGCCCUGUAAUGUAGCUAUUUAACUGCACUGUUACGAUUCUGUCCAUGCACUUCAGGUUUUUGACAUGUUGAGUCUUAAUUGUUCUUGCUAUCAAAGAUGAAGGCAAAGGCGGCCUUGUGUCAGAUGUUACAGGAUCUGGACAGGCCGAGUGAUUGACAAGAAAAUAACACUAUUUGAUGUUAUGUUGCUCUUUUUAAAUAGAUUUGAUUUUGUAUCUAAAAUCAGUUUUCAUUAUGAACAUUAACUGUUAACUUUUGCUCCAUGAAAUGAAUAUUGAGGGGAAUUUGAGUAUUUUUGACCUUGGGCAUCAUUUCUACAGAUUUUGGGGUUUUUAAAGACGAAAGGUUCAAAACGUUUUGGAGUAGCUGGAGGAAAUGACUUAAAUCUGAAGCCAUGCUGUAAUGGCGGAAACAUAAUCUGGGCCAACUCAAAGUGCGUCCACUGUGAGAGCCUAAAGAAAGGAUCCCUAUAGAGAAAUAUUGUUUUUGUCUCAAGCUAAAAUACUUUAAUCUGACCAGGAAUCAUUCUAAAGGCCCUGACACACCAAGGAGAUCGUUGACCAUUGGUCCUUGUUGGACCAUAAAUAAGAGCUUUUAGGGGAUAUUUUCCCUUUCAAAUGACGCCUGUAGACCCAAAUAUGUGUACAAACAUGGCCCAGGUUUUAAAUACUUGAAGUCUUCUCUAAAUACCAUGUAAUAGCAUCAAAAUGGUUUUAAAAGAAAUGACUAUCACACUGAAAUGACGAUCGGGGUCGUGCCCUGAUCUGCACUGUAGCCGUUGUUCUGCCUUUAUGAAAGCUGAAAAGGUCAAUAAUGUGUUUGACUCUGCAGUGUUUCCCCUAGGUUUACAGCGUUGGGGGGGGGGGGGGGGGGACAAGACGACACGACGACUUGAAGGAAUCAUAAAUGUGUUACUUUUAAUGACAGAUGUCCUUUUCUCUUGGAAAGGUAUCCUUAAAUGACUUCUUUCCCUGAUUUCCGACUCUAACCGUUAUCCUAUCUCUUUUUUUUUCUUUCUUGACCUUCAGGGGGGGCGGGGGCGGGCCGCCCCCCCAAUAUAAUGUUAGGGGAAACACUGCUCUGUAUUUACUCAGCUGUUGUCUGGAUGGAGACUGGCACUGGAUUUUAAAGGAUCAUUUUUCUAUCAGGACCGUCGUGUGUAAAUGUUCUUAACAUGACUUGCAACUCAACAUUUGUAUCACAUGUUGCUAUUUAUAUAAUAUUAUUAACCUGCUGCUUAACGGUGGCACAAAGAGGGUCUGAAGUAUAGAUGGAACUGCGUCCCUACUACCACCUAGUUACCUUCUGGACAGGUGGCUCUAAUAUGAGAGGACUACACUAGUUAGUAAUAAAGUGACAUGGAAAAUUAAA